CUGGCAGACCUCCUGUUGCUGUCCCCUCACGUCCUGGCUCCGUGCACCCGUGCACCCAUCUCCGUCCACUCCCCGCAGAGUGGAACUCUUCCGCCGUGUGCACCUCUGUCCUCCGUGUAGGUGGGAAGCCCCACGCUCGCCGCAGACCAUCAUGCUGACCCUGGUGGCGCUGGCGUCGCUUGUCCUCUUGGGAAUAGUGCCUGAGCCAUCCCAGGCCAUCGUGAUCUACACGGGCUGGGAGCGCCACGCCCUGUUGGGCUCCGAUGUGCGACUCUCCUGCUCCUUCUUCUCCUGGCGCUGGACCUCCGAGGACGUCACCUUCUCUUGGACGUACAGGCCCGACGGCUCACGGGACAGCAUAUCUAUCUUCCACUACACUGGGGGUAUGGCCUACGUGGACAACAAAGGGCCCUUCAGGGACCGCCUGGAAUUUGUGGGCGACCCGAGCCGCCGUGAUGGUUCCAUCCUGCUGAAAAACCUGGAGUUCUCCGACAACGGCACCUUCACCUGCGACGCCAAGAAUCCCCCUGACAUCGUGGGCCGGCCCUCCAGCGUGCGUCUGCUGGUGUUUGAGAAGGUGCCCAUCCAGGCCGGCGUGAUCACAGGGUCCAUCAUCGGGGUGGUGCUGGGCCUGCUGGUGCUCAUCGUGGUCAUCUACUACCUGAUGCGUUUCCUGGUGGCGCGCCGUGUCUUCAGCCUCAGCGUCAGCAAACAUGGCAAGAAAAAGAAAGAGGGAUCACAGCAGAGACAGAUAAAGGUCUGACUCCUCCGUGACGCCUCCACCUCUCUAGUCUGCCUGACGUCCCCCUCCUCCCCUCUGCCGCCAUUACUUGCCAUUAUCUCUCCUCCUUUAAGGCAGGCUAUAAGAAGAAUAGCACCGCUAUGUCGGUGGCAGCAGUGUCAAAUAAUUUCCCGUCGCCUCACCGGAGCCCGUUUAUUCACUCAUUGGGCAAAGUGUAAAAGUGUUUAAGACCUAACUGCGCUCGUAACCUCUGUCAGAGGAGCCUUCCAGGCAUCCCUCAGGGUUUUCCUCAAUCUUCUCCCCUUUUUAACGACUCAAUCUGGUGCACACAGUGAGCCUCGGCCGGACCUCCACUAGAGAAAUACGAUGCCAGCUCGUGGCUGGCAGGAGACGGAGGUCCAAGCCACCGUCCUCCGGUCGUGUCUCUUUGGAACUAAUGGAGGUCGUUUUCGCCGGCUAUUUCUGGCGGCCUUACUGUAACAGCUGCACAUUUCUUGGAGGAGAGCUGAGUUGAAGUGGGGAGGGUGGGCGUCCGCCGCUAGGCUCGGGGGACCGGGGACUGACAAGCACACAUGACGUCACGGGCCACAGGACUGGCGACGGAUGCCCUCUGGGGUUUAACAGGAAAGAAGGUGCUCUCCUCAGUUCUUUAAGGUCUUCUACUUUUGUGUCCUCACGUCUUCGCCUUUUAUCUCCUCCACUUCCUGUCGUCUGACGGCAGACGCUGCAUUAUUAGCCCACAAAAUAGGCUGCUACACAAUCCACUCUGCUCGUUAAGUCACUUCUUAUCAGUCUUACAGCACCCCUCACCCCCCUUCAUAGUGGUCAGACCCGACUGUCCCACCUCCUCCCAUUAGUUGUCCUUCAAAUACCCCCUCACAAAGCGGCAUGUCCACCUCGCCGGCCGGCUCUCCUUCCUUUGACCUUUUAUUUCCGCUGGCUCAAAUGCCAAAGUACUAACCUCUGCCCCCUACUGGCAAAGCAUAAAAAACAACACGUCGGCGGGAAGCCUUUGACCGCCACCUUAACGCUUGGCUAGCCUUCCUCCUCACAGAUGUUGUGUGUUUAGAACCACCUUUCCACCAGCGUGGAAGGUAAAUACCCAUCUGGCUUGUGUUUGGCGGGAAAUACAGUGACAUCAAUGUGAAGUUCUAGAAGAAAGACCAUGCAGAAAAUGUGUGAAAGUAUUUUUUUUGUCAAGUAGAAACUCAAAGGGGCUUGAUUCCUGUCGUCGUCAUGAUCUGCGAUGUAUUCUUUUUAAAUGGGGCACUUUUGUUGCCGAGAUCUGCUUGGAUGAGUUGUGUUGGAACCCUUCAUGGACAGUGGAAAUGAACCGAACCGUGACUGCUUGGUGGAAACAUGUGCCAUCGUGCGUUGGCCCAAGUAAAGAAAGUGUCCAAAACACGCACACAUUCUUUGAAGACGAAGGGUGGAGGUGGGACCUCAAGGCUCAAGGCACUCAAGGCAGCAGGAGAACGCUUUGUCGGAACCUAAAAAAUCCAAACCCUCUUGCCUCAGCACACUUCCUCUGUCAAGGUGCUCCUUCCCAAACAACCCUCAUGACGAGCCAAAGACAGAUGGCGAUCCAGGUGGACGUGGGAUGUAUGGCCAAGACUUGAAUGUUCCUUUCAAAUUCCUAACUGCAGGUGCUACAAGAUGUCGUAACUGGAGAUGUGCUUUGCCUCAUCAGCCUGACCACGUUUCUAUGGACACCGCCACCUGCUUCUGGGACACUCCAUGUUUACUUUACGGAGCAUAGUCCAGAACUUCAUUUGUUGUGUUAUACCUUCUAGAUCCAUCACAGUGUAUUCAUCUACUCAUUCGCAAUAGAGACGUUAUUGCGUCCAUGGAAACUGGGCCUGUCCUGUAUUUAGCUUUAGCCUUCUCUCAAGCUAACUAUUGAGAAUGUCCAGACGCCUGCUCUAAUUAUAUUAAAAGAUGUUUUCUUUGUAUGUUUUAUGAGCUGUAUUAAGUAGCAAUGUAACGUUUGACUGUGGCUUCUUUUAUUGUUUUUGUUAUUAUUUUUUUGACAUUUGUUUUAAUGCUCGUCGUCACUUUUAACGGCUGUGUAAUAUUGUUGUAAAAAGAACGUGAAUAAACUUUAGCCCCGAGACAAA